CAUUAAUUCAUCAUUGUAACUUCUGUCCAUCUCAAAUUCCGCGUGUGUUUCAUACAAUAUUCCGAUUCUUGCUGUCAGGCCUGCGCGCUGGACACUUUCCAGGUUCUCCACUUGCUCCACUAAUUAAACAAGUCCGCCAUCCGUUCAUCCUGAAAACUCCCGAAUCCCUUCACGCCCCGGCUCCGAAACAACAGUCCACAUUUCCACCCUUCCACCCUUCCACGCCGUGAUAGCACAGCAUGGCAGCCGACGUUGAACAGCAGAAGUUCUCGCGCUAUCGCUCCGUGCGCAAAGCCCAAUCCUCCCACCAUCUGGAAGAGUCGCCUCCGCUGCCGCCCUUUGAGCCCUCAGAAUCUCCUGCGAAAUCAGAGACCCUGGGAAGAAGCAUGUCUCGAUAUCACCGACAGCGUCCUACUACGAGCAGUAAUAAUCAGUCGUUCGCCGCACCGAAACGCGCAAACACUCAGGACAUGGCUGCUCCGGCUCCACCACCUCUACCAGCAAACGCCAAUGCGACCGUGUCCAGAGCCCGCGCUGCGACCCUUAAUUCCUCUGCACAGCCCUCGCGAUAUGCACGUCGAGGGACGACAAGUAGGAAGGCGCCAACUUCACCGCCAACAUCAGUCAUGAGGAGUCCGCCCCGGAUGCCGGCUCAGACCCUGGUAGAGCGCGUCUCUCGAGAGCCACCCAAGACUGCGCAUGUAGAGGCGCGUCAGCUGAUGGAGGCCGAAGCUGAGAGACAAAGAAAGGUUAGCGCAAAAUUGAGAGCAGAGCGACGAGUCGAGGCCGAGGAGAAGAAGCAGGUGCAGGCACAAGAAGAACUCCGCGCAAAGAGGGCGAUUGAGGAACAGCAAGUCAGGGCGAAACAGGAGGCAGAUAUAGUGCAGCAGCAGAAGUUCCUGAAGGAGAAAGCAAGGGCACUGGAAGAAAAGGAGAAGACUCUACAGGCGAAGGAGAAAGCUCAACAAAAGGUAGAGCAGGAGAGGGAGGCUGCUAUACGGGCGUCGAACGAGCGGCGCGAGAUUGCGAAGAGAAUACAACGAGAAGCACCCAACUUGAAUGCUCGUCGGGUCUCUCCCCCUGCGUCGCCUCCUGACAACAAGCCAGAGCAGCAUUCUCCCAGCAGAAUCAAGGACAAGAUCAGUUUUUUGAGGAAGAGGAGCCAAGAUAAUCCAAGACAUCACCGGACAGGGGACGUACCAGGUCAGCGGGAAGUAGACCAACAAAAAGCCAGGGAUGCCGCCCUACCAGAUCCCUACAUCAGAGCAGGAGGCGGUGGGAUCGUGCCCGGGACGGAUGCACCAAUCUCUGCGGUCAAUGCAGGCGACAGGAGGGUGCUCAUAGAGUGCAAUGAGAAGCAGAUCAGGCUGCCUGUCACGCCUCUGACGACGCCGGUCGACCUGAUACGAUCAUGCGAGACUGUGCUCACCGAGAAGAUUGACGUCAGCAUGUCAGUACUGCUCGAAGGGUUCGGCAAAGUCGGAGUUCAAAGACCGCUGCGCAAGUACGAGCAUGUCAGAGAUGUGAUGAAUACUUGGGACAGCGAUACACAGAACUCUUUGCUGCUCGUUCCCAUCACGAGCGGCGCCGACGAAGAGCUAGACGAGUCUAAGAUACCCAAGGAGAAGCCCGAGUUCGCUGGCUAUCUCUAUCAUUCGCAAAAGCCGGGCAAGUGGAAGAAGGAGUGGAUCAGCCUCAAGUCUGAUGGACAGAUGCUCACUGCCAAGAACGAAACGGGAAAGGAUGAGAGUAGCAUGUGCCACUUGUCGGAUUUUGACAUCUACACGCCGACACAGCGCAAGCUGAGGUCGAUCAAGCCUCCCAAGAAGACCUGCUUCGCGGUCAAGAGUCAGCAAAAGUCGAAUAUCUUUUCAGACACAACAAGCUUCGUACACUUCUUUUGCUCGAGCGAUCGAGAUACGGCGACGAGGUUCUACCAGGCCGUACAAGGCUGGAGGAGCUGGUAUCUCGUCAACAUCAUGGGCGAGGGCAAGAAAGCCAAAGAAGCUGCCUCUGCGACCCCGUUCAAGCUGGACCUGAACUUUGGCAGUGCUGCUGCUGCCGGCGGACACACGAAGAACAAAUCCUCUGUCGACUCCCACUACAUGCUCGGCACGUUCCAGCCCAUGCUCGACUCCGACACGUUCAACCAGAUGGAGUUUGCAGAAGUCGUCCUCCCUCCCCUCCAUCUUGCCGGCUCGACGCUAAACGAGAAGGACUCCAAGACGAUGCAUGUGCGUAAGAUGUCAAUGCGACAGAAAGCUCCGCCGCCAUCGUCCUUUCCAGAGUACUUUUCCGAAACGGAAACAAAUCCAUCCAACCCCAUUACCAGAACCGCAAAAGCCGCACGAACCCAGCCCACACCCCUGAUCUCUACCACCGACAACACGUUUGCCUCGACCGGGCUGCUUGGCAAAAUCUACACAGAGCGGCAACGAGAAAAGGCGGAGCGCGACCGCGAAAUCGUGCUGCAAAACUCCCUCGCCAGCGGCCCCUUUACCGAUGGUCCCUCCCUCCUCAACACCACAGCCUUCCCUCUUCCACCCUCCACCGACGCCGCACAGCCAUCAUCUUCGGGCCUGACCCGCAACUCCUCCGUCCGCUCAACCCACAAACGCAACUCCUCCGACCUGAAACACACAAAGUCACUCCGCCGGCCUCCGCCCGCCCAGCCCAAACCCCUCGUAGACCUGACCCCUCAGUACAAAGAACCCCCGCAGCACGCCCUCAAGGGCAAAGGCUUCAAGCCCGCCGACACCGCCGCCGGCAAUCUCAUCGAAAACGCCACCAGUCUAGCAACAGACAACCCCUACGCCAGCAUCCCCCCGUCCACAGACUGGCGCGCGCGCCCGCGUGCAAACACCCUGACGCGUGGCGGUGGCCCCGCCCCUCCGUCUGCACUACACACCCAGGAGAACCCGUACGCCGUCGAACGCUCCGAGGACGCCUUCACGGGCCAGGGCUUGCUCGCGAGCGCGGGACCGAGUCAGGGCGGUGGAAGCACGGGGCGGGGCGUGAUGGAUGGGAGUAGGGCGAAGGGGCCGAUGGUCGAUUUGCGUGAGGAUAGUGUGUUUGGGAAGGGCAGCUUGUUGCAGGGUGUUGAGCGGGCGCAGGGGAGUGGGGUGGUGAUUGAUAGGGAGAGGAGGGUGGAGGGGAAUGUUGUUACUGGGGAGGGGUGUUGAUGGGACGAUGGGAUGCGGGGGUUUGAUGGGUAUUCUUUGGCAGCGUUUGCAUUGUUGGUGGCUGGGCUGGCUUGUUGGCCUUGUGUCUGGCUUCGGAUCGCGCAGACUGCGGUUAUGCGGAUAUGUGGUACUGUGGGUAUAUGGUAAUGCAGUAAUAUACACGGCGACUAUACCUACACCAGCGGGUAUACAUAAUCUAGAUAUACACACAAGCUUACCUAGCAGGGUGUUGCUCACUUGCUCACUUCCUCCACAACCUAGAAUCCCAUUCAUCUACCAAUCCACAUCCUAAACAAGCACCAUAUGAGCAGUCAAACACAGCGGAAUCCACCGCUAAGCUUGAUACCAGGCUUUCUUCCUACUAUUAGACAAGUACAUACAUAUAUACGCAGAGGCGCAAUGCUAAUU